AUGUCACUAUAUCGUUACGUUAAUACACCUGCUGGCGAGUUUAAGUCUGGAACAGUUGUGGGAAUGUCGUUACAUUACUUAAGGGAUCAAACACUUUUCUUAUAUCGAGAGGAACUAGUAACAUACCGUGAUCCGGUACUGUUGCAACUAUAUCAACAUCGUGAUGAAUAUUGCUCUCUUACAUCAUCAUUCGUAUAUUAUUUUAAUAAUAUAUUUACUUUUUCGCCAGAGAGAUAUAGUGAAUCAUAUAUACCUCUGAUUACUACUUGUCGAUGUCCUAUUACGUUAACAACGCCAACAUACUGUUACACGCAACCUAUACCUUCCACGCUGCAGGACAAUCAACAAUCUUCGAAUACAGCCUAUAUUUAA